AGGAAGCAGAUGUUGGGGAACAAGCAAGGUUACAAGGUCUCCCAUUUCAGUGGAAGCACAAGGCAGAAUUGGAGCACUGGAAAGCAUGAAGUGUUAGACAAAGAAGCUUAAAGCUAGAAAGUGAAUAGAAGACUGAGCGUAAAGUUCUGUUAAGUUCCAAAUUGUGAAAUUCGGCAAUGAUACACUGUGGCAAAAAAAAUACUUGUGCUGUUCUUGCAUGUAUUUUUAUAAGUAUUUUAUUUUACUCCUGGAAAAAUCCUCAAAUACAGAAUAGCAUAACUAGAAAAAUCUUCCCACCAGCAACAACUUCCAGUUCAGCAGGUCCGCUUUGCAAGGGGAAACCUGCUCAAAAUGUAAUAACAGCACUAAAAGACAACAAGACUUUUAUUAUAUCUCCAUACUUCGACAACAGAGAAAGCAAAGUCACCCGUGUGAUUGGGAUUGUUCACCAUGAAGAUGUAAAACAACUACACUGCUGGUUUUGCUGUCAGCCUGAUGGAAAGAUAUACAUAUCAAAAGCAGAAAUUGAUGUUCAUUCAGAUAGAUUUGGAUUUCCCUAUGGCACAGCAGAUAUAGUUUGUUUGGAACCCAAAAACUGUGAUCCAACACAUGUGUCAAUUCAUCAGUCUCCACAUGGAAAUAUUGACCAGCUGCCAAGGUUUGAAAUUAAAAACCGCAAGGCUGAAACCUUUUCUGUUGACUUCACUGUAUGCAUCUCCACCAUGUUUGGAAAUUACAACAAUGUCUUGCAGUUUAUACAGAGUAUGGAAAUGUACAAGAUUCUUGGGGUAGAGAAAGUGGUGAUCUAUAAGAACAACUGCAGUCACCUGAUGGAGAAAGUCUUAAAGUUUUAUAUGGAAGAAGGAAUUGUAGAGGUAAUUCACUGGCCAAUUAACUCAUACCUGAAGGUUUCUUCUAAAUGGCACUUUGCACAAGAUGGAACGCACAUUGGCUACUAUGGACAAAUCACAGCUCUAAAUGACUGUGUAUACCGUAACAUGCAGAGGAGCAAGUUUGUGGUUCUUAAUGAUGCUGAUGAAAUAAUUCUUCCCCUUAAGCACCCAGACUGGAAAACAAUGAUGAGCAGCCUCCAGGAGCAAAACCCAGGGACUGGCAUUUUCCUCUUUGAGAACCAUAUCUUCCCCAGAACUGUAUCUACUGACAUGUUCAACAUUUCCUCCUGGAAUACUGUGCCAGGUGUUAAUAUAUUACAGCAUGUUCACAGAGAGCCUGACAGAAAAACUGUUUUCAAUCCCAGGAAAAUGAUAGUAGAUCCACGGAAGGUGAUUCAGACUUCGGUCCACUCUGUCCUACGUGCUUAUGGGAACAGUGUGAAUGUUCCCAUGGACAUUGCUCUCAUUUAUCACUGUCGGGUGCCCCUUCAAGGAAACCUUCCUAGAGAAUCCCUCAUAAGGGAUACAACGCUGUGGAGAUACAACUCGUCAUUAAUCAUGAAUGUUAACAAGGUGCUACAUCAAACUAUACUGCAAGGUCAAAAGUGAAACCUUGGUUAUAAGGAGGGAAUGUGGAGAGCUACCUGUACUGUGGGCAGGCAGAGAAUAGAAUUUAAAAGUUAUAUUAAAAUCGCUUCCAUGUGAAGUUUACAUCUUUUAGAGGUUUAAGAGAACAGCCCUUUUAUGUUCUGUAAAUGCAUUGGAUUCAUCAACUGAAUCAAGGUAUCUAGGGAAAAGAUUUUCCAAACUGAAAAAAAUAUUUAUUUGUUCCAAGAAUAGUGGUUGAAGCCUCAGUUCACUGUUUUCUCAAGGGGUGUGCACAUGGUUUGGAAGAACCCGAUGACAUUUUUAUCAUUUGUUUGCUGGAAAGUGGUGUGAUAUACUUCUUAUCAGAGGUACAUCCCUCUGUAGCUAUAAUAUAUGUCUGUCUCUGAAUUGUGUUGGGUAGGCUAUAAUUGUAAUUGCACUAAUGAAAUUUAAAAGUGUUGUGAUAGGCAUUUAAUGUUAUGUUCUCCCCAACAACAAAUGCACUGUGUCGUUAAGAUCACCUAUUACUCACAGGAAAAAAAAUGUAAAUUAUUGCCUUCAAGAGGAGAGAGGAAUCCCACAAUAGAACGAAUACAAAUGCCAACCUUGUAUUUUGUUGCAGGAGUGAUUCAACAAAAAAUUGCCAUCUCUGAAAAGUACUGGUGUCAAUGACUGGAUCUGAUUAUUAUGUAAUUUUCUAAUUUUCCUUUUUUUUUAAACAUCGGUUUUAAUUUUGAAAAUAGAAUGGCUUCCUAGUGUGCCUCCACCCACGUUAAUUAAACGAGCUGUCAGCUAAAUGCUGGGGGGUCGAGUCGAGCCACCUCCUCCAGCAAGGCACAGCACUACUGUA